UCCGCAAAUUCGCGCUAUCUUAACCCUACAUCGUCCUCCUCUUUCUUCUGUCUCUCUCUGCUUUCUCCUGGAUCUGAAACCCUAGCUCUUGAGUUAGCUAUGGAUUCAGUCGAAUUGAACGAUUCCAAUCCUUCUUCGCAUACCCUAGAUCAACCUCCUCCUUCCUCCAAAGCUUUAGUUUCCUCAAAGGAAGACACUGCUUCUCUAGCUUCGGAUCACCCAAACCCACCGAUUUCGUCUCCUGAGGCUCUAAAUGGUUAUUCAGCUCCUGUGCCCGAUACAAACGGUUCGGUAGCAAAGCCUGAGCUCCUGCGCCCUCUGUUAUCGGAGAACGGCGUUAGCAAGACGCUGAGUGGCAACGACAAUCAAUCCGGUGGUGAGGAGGAGACCACAAGCCGGAGAAAGCGUCGUAGCCGGUGGGAUCCUCCGCCUUCCGAGUCGACUAAUAACACUAGCGCCGAAGGUGGUGAUUCCGGUACUGGGACGAGGAAGCGUAAGUCGAGAUGGGCAGACGAUGAGCCGAAGCCUUUGAUCCAGCUACCGGAUUUCAUGAAGGAUUUCGCAGGAGGUAUCGAGUUCGAUCCAGAGAUUCAGGCUUUGAAUAGUAGAUUACUUGAGAUCAGUAGGAUGCUUCAGUCAGGUAUGGCUUUGGAUGAUAGACCCGAAGGACAGAGGUCUCCUUCACCAGAGCCAGUGUAUGAUAACAUGGGGAUUAGGAUAAACACUAGGGAGUACAGAGCAAGGGAGAGGUUGAAUAGAGAAAGGCAAGAGAUCAUCUCUCAGAUCAUCAAAAAGAAUCCAGCUUUUAAACCCCCGGCGGAUUAUAGACCUCCCAAGCUCCAGAAGAAGCUUUUCAUCCCGAUGAAGGAUUUUCCCGGUUACAAUUUCAUCGGUCUUAUUAUUGGUCCCAGGGGAAAUACUCAGAAGAGGAUGGAGAGGGAAACUGGUGCUAAGAUUGUGAUUCGGGGUAAAGGCUCUGUGAAAGAAGGUAGGCUCCAGCAAAAGAAGGAUUUGAAAUACGACCCUUCGGAAAACGAGGACUUGCAUGUUUUAGUCGAGGCUGAGACUCAGGAAGCUCUUGAAGCUGCUGCUGGUAUGGUUGAGAAGCUCCUGCAACCUGUUGAUGAGGUGCUUAACGAACACAAGAGGCAACAGCUCAGGGAGCUUGCCACUUUGAAUGGAACAAUAAGGGAUGAAGAAUUCUGUAGGCUGUGUGGUGAGCCAGGACAUAGACAGUAUGCUUGUCCGUCUCGUACGAAUACUUUUAAAAGUGAUGUUCUUUGCAAGAUUUGUGGUGAUGGGGGACACCCUACUAUUGAUUGCCCUGUGAAGGGUACCACCGGGAAGAAGAUGGACGACGAAUAUCAGAACUUUUUGGCGGAGUUGGGAGGAACUGUCCCUGAAUCUUCUCUCAAACAGAGUAGUGCUACUUUGGCUCUUGGUCCGGGGAGUUCGGGAAGUAAUCCUCCAUGGGCUAACGAUGCUGGCAGUGGAGCAAGCGCUCAUCCAGGCUUAGGGUCGAUUCCGGCAAAACCCUCCAAAGAAUACGACGAAACAAACUUGUACAUUGGGUUCUUGCCUACGAUGCUUGAGGACGACGGCUUGAUUAAUCUUUUUUCACCCUUUGGGGAAAUCGUGAUGGCAAAGGUAAUCAAGGACCGUGUGUCUGGUCUGAGCAGAGGCUAUGGUUUUGUGAAGUAUGCCGAUGUACAGAUGGCGAAUACCGCUGUACAGGCGAUGAACGGCUAUUGGUUAGAAGGUAAAACGCUUGCUGUCAGAAUAGCCGGUAAACAGCCACCGCCUCCUGGACCCCCAGCAUCUCAUCCACCGUCUCAAGCUUAUCCUCCUCCAAACCAGCCGCCUGGUGCUUAUCCUUCGCAACAAUACGCACCCGCCGGUGGGCAAUUGCCAAAUCCUCCAUAUUCGUCAGCCCCGGUUCCUUGGGGUCCUCCUGUUCCUUCCUACUCUCCAUACGCUCCUCCACCUCCUCCUCCAGGCUCUUAUCAUCCUGUCCCUGGUCAACACAUGUCUCCUUAUGGAAUGCACUACCCACCACCACCUCCUCCUCCUCAUGUGACACAAGCUCCUCCUCCUGGCACCGCUUCUAGUGAAGGCUUCCCACCAGGCGUACAAGCAGACAAUGGUGCUCCUGCUUCAUCUGUGCCACCAAAUGUCUAUGGUAGCUCGGUUUCAAACUUGCCUGGACAGCCUCCAUAUAUGAGUUAUCCGUCUUAUUACAAUGCUGUUCCUCCUCCACCACCACCUCCAGUACCGGCCUCGUCUACAGAUCACUCACAAGGUCUAGCUAAUCCACCUUGGGCGCCUAAUCCUCCUAUGCCACCAUCUGUUGGUUAUUCACAGGGCAUGGGGAACGUACCCUGGGCUCCCAAGCCUCCGGUACAGCCACCUGCAGAGAAUCCAUCCGCUGUUGGAGAUUCUGAGUAUGAGAAGUUCAUGGCUGAGAUGAAGUGUGAUGUUUCAUGGAGCUCUUGUACCAUGAUUUCUUACAUCUUUGGGACUCACAUCUUAACCCCUUGCUAUGAUGUUGUGAAAUAUGCAGAGAUUCAGGCUUGGAAGGCUCCCAAAUUCAUACAGUUGCGCGCUUCAGAAAGGCUUCUUAUGAUAUUAUUAUUCAUGAACAAUACAACAUAU